UUCUCAUACAAUAAAACUCCAAUUUUCUUCUCCCUUUAGGAUUCUCUCUAUAUAUUAAGUAUAUUUUAAUAUAUAGAUAGAUAUAAAUAUAGAUAUAAUCUCUUCAAAUAAUAUCCCAUUAUAAAUUACUUGCCAAAUAUUCUAUUUAUAAAUAAGAAUAAAUUUAUUGUAGUUCUUCCUUUGCUGAAUUAGUUCAUCAUGGCUAAUGAAUAUGGAACUGUUAGAUAUGAAGAGGAAUUUAUACUGAAUUCAAGAGGAAUGAAAUUGUUCACAUGUAAAUGGGUCCCAAAAGAUUGUGAACCAAAAGCUUUGAUUUUCCUUUGUCAUGGAUAUGCCAUGGAGUGCAGUAUAUCAAUGAAAGAUGCUGGAAUUCGAUUGGCGAAAGCAGGAUUUGGAGUUUAUGGAAUUGAUUAUGAAGGACAUGGAAAAUCAGAAGGACUUCAAGGAUAUGUCCAUAGCUUUGAUGCUGUUGUUGAUGAUUGUUUUGAUCAUUAUUCCAAAAUCUCUGAAAGGAAGGAAAAUAAGAAAAAGAUGAGAAUAUUGAUGGGAGAAUCCAUGGGAGGAGCUGUGGUUCUACUUUUACACAGAAAAAAACCUGAAUUUUGGGAUGGUGCUGUUUUAAUUGCUCCAAUGUGUAAGAUUGCAGAUGAUAUGAGGCCACAUCCAAUGGUAAUAAGUGUUUUGACCAAACUUUGCAACUUUAUCCCAACUUGGAAAAUUGUUCCUACUCAAGAUGUUGUUGAUUCAGCAUUUAGAGACCCUGAAGUUAGAAAAGAGAUUAGAAACAACCCUUAUUGCUACAAGGGAAAGCCCAGGCUACAAACAGGUUACCAACUAAUGACAGUCAGCAUGGAUUUAGAACAAAGACUUGAAGAAGUCACAUUGCCAUUUUUCAUUGUUCAUGGUGAAAAUGACACUGUUACUGAUCCAUCUGUAAGCAAACUUCUCUACGAAAAGGCAUCGAGCAUCGAUAAGAGUUUCAAGUUGUACCCCGGGAUGUGGCAUUCCCUCUCCUACGGUGAAUUCCCUGAGAACAGAGAUAUUGUGUUCUCGGAUAUAGUCGUGUGGCUCAAGGAGAGACUAAGCAUGGGUAACUCAAGGCUAGAGAGGCAACAAAAGCAAGCAAAUGAUCAAAUUUUACCAAAGAUGAGCAGUUUUAGUUAAAUGGACCUUCCUAUAAGGUUUGUGGUAGUAGUAUUUGAUGUCUUGUAAAACAAAGAAAAGAGAACAAGAGUGUUUUAGUUACAAACUUCACAAGAUGUGUUGAUUCGUUAAGUGGUUAAUGUGUGUAUAAAAUGAAUUUUCUAACUUUACAAGCAUGAAAAUAUUUUAUUGGA